CCUCCUCGGAUCGGGGACCCAUAAAGCCGCAGCAGAGCCGGGGCAGCCGGCAGAGGAAGGGUUAAGCCGGAUCCGCUCGGACCGAUCCCUUCCCGGCGAGGCUGCGGGACGGACUGCAGCAAGCAAGCAGGCAGGCAGAAGGAGUCGGGGGGCCGCGCCUCCACCGCACAGCGCCAGCUUCUCAGCCUCUGCUUGGUCCUUCGGAUGCUUUGCACGCCUGCUCUCUGGUUGAAGGGCACGAGCCGGCGGUCCCUUGCGCUCUCCUCUUGGGCCGCCUCUCUGGCAGAGCCGCCUUGCCUGGAAUAAUUCCCGGAGCGCCUCUUGAGGAGCAGCGGCGGCGGCGAGGAUGGCCACCAAGAUCGACAAAGAAGCCUGCCGAAGGGCCUACAACCUGGUGCGGGAUGACAGCACGGGGGUCAACUGGGUGACAUUUAAGUACGACGGCUCCACCAUCAUCCCAGGACACAACGGGGUGGAUUACGAAGAAUUUAUAGGACAGUGUACAGAUGACAUUCGGUUGUUUGGCUUCAUCCGGUUCACCACUGGAGACACCAUGAGCAAACGAGUCAAGUUUGCUCUGAUCACCUGGAUAGGGGAGAACGUCAGUGGCCUUCAGAGAGCUAAAACAGGGACUGACAAGACCCUCGUGAAAGAAGUUGUACAG